AUGAAUAUGGAUGAAGUUCAAAGACCAAUGGGUAAGAAUUUGUUUAAUAGAGCUAUGUUAUGUCCAUGAUCCCUUUAGUUGAUCAUAGAAUAAUAUAGUAUUAUAUAAAACAAAGUGAAAUGCUCUCAAUUUCAACUGUUUCGAAACUUUAUACAGUAUAUUUAAGACCAUUUUUUUGCUUGAUAGGGAAAGCAAACAAGAGUAACAACGGCAAAGCCAAAAAACAGUUAAGCGAACGUCUUGAUAGGGCUUUGGAAGAAGCUGAAAAUCUAUUUUCGACUCCUAAAGCUGGCAAAAUGAGAAAGAAGAGCCACAUUGAAAUCAGAAGAGACAACAAGGGGAAUAGAGUCUACCACUGUCCCAGAAAAGGUAGUAUUAGAUAG